CAUAAUCCUGAUUUUUCCUUCAACUUUUUCUGUUGCUGCAAACUUAAAAGAAUGGAGAAACUGGUUUGGAGUAGAAGCAGCACCAAGGCUAAAGUGAUGGGCACUAUAAUAUCAAUUACAGGUGCAUUUGUAGUGACUCUCUAUAAGGUUCCAGCCAUUUUCAAAGCUUCAAAACCCUCAAUGCCUCUUCAUCAACCUUUGAACUUGUCCGCAACAAAUUUGGUUUCGGGUGCAGACUCCGGUUGGGUCAUCGGUGGUGCUUUUUUCACUGCUCAGUUUACCCUGAUUCCACUCUGGUUCAUUGUCCUGACACAAAUCAUGGAGGAAUAUCCAGCAGAACUGACUGUAAUCUUCCUCUACAAUUUUUGUGUUCAUUUUAAUGGAUUCGUAGAGAACAUUAUUGAAAAUGCUGGAGAAGAAGAGAGUGAAGAAGAACAAUUGCUUAGACAAUUGUUUAAUUCCCAUGUAUACCCUGAUCGUGGUCGGUUGUAUAUACGUGGGUGUUGGCUUGGAAGGGUGUCGUUGUGGAGUAUAUAUGAUGUCUGCAAUUGGUUUAGAAGGGUGGUCAGUGCCGAUGAAGUGGUCAACGAUAAGGGAGCGGCAGUGACGACAGUCAACAAGGGUGAUGGUAAGGGAGAAAGGGAUUAG